AUGGCGAGGAGAAGUCUAUAUCAAGCCGCGGAUCCCGCCGCCUCCCCCACGGCCUCCCUCCCCCACUCCUCGUACGCGCAUAUCCGGCGGUCCCACGCCCUCCUCCUCAAGUCCGGCGACCUCGCGAGCGACGAUCGUCUCGCAAGCAAGCUCCUCUCUUUCUACUCCAGCCUCUGCCGCUUCCCGGAUGCCGUUCUCCUCCUGGAUGAUAUCAGGGACCCCGAUCCGUUCUGCUUCUCCAACCUUAUCUCUGCUCUGUCGAAGUCUCCCUCGGUCACCGAUGCCUCCAGUGCCCUUGCCCUCUUCCGACGCAUGCUUCGCGGUGGCCUCCCGCCAGAUCGCUUCGUUCUCCCGAGCGUCCUCAAGGCUUGCGCUGCCCUCCAAUCGGACCUCGCGGGUCCGCAGGUCCAUGCUCUGGCGUCGGUGUCUGGAUGUGCCGGGGACUCUUUCGUGCAGACGUCUCUCGUUCACCUGUACCUGCGAUGCGACCGGACGCUAGAUGCGCAGCGGGUGUUCGAGAGGAUGACCAAUCAGAGCGUGGUCUCUUGGAGCGCCAUGGUUGGUGGCUACGCCAGGAGCGGCUGCGUCGCAGAGGCGCUGAGAACCUUCGACCUGAUGCGCGCGUCGGGGGUGGAACCCAAUCGGGUCACCUGGAACGGGAUGAUCGCGGGGUUCAGCACCAGCGGGCUUACCAGGGAAUCUGCACGCGCGCUGCGGAAGAUGCACUCGGAAGGUUCCAGACCCGACGGCUCCACCGUCUCGAGCGUGCUCCCGGCUAUCGCUGAUUUGGAGGAUGGGCUGGCGGGCAUGCAGGCGCAUGCGUAUAUCAUCAAGUGUAACCUGGAGUCUGACGAUUGUGUGGUGACUGCGCUGGUCGCCAUGUACGGCAAGUGCCGGCUUGUUGAAGAGAUGCUGCGGGCGUUCGGUGGGAUUGGUCGGAAGAUGGAGGUGGGUGCCUGCAAUGCUCUGGUAUCGGGGCUCUCACAUAACAACCGAGCCGACGAGGCCCUGAGGUCGUUUAGGGAGUUCCGGGACGGGGGGGUGAAGCUGAACGUCAUCUCUUGGACCUCUAUCGUAGCCUGCUGCUCCCAGAAUGCGGAGGACACCGAAGCGUUGGACCUCUUCGGGGAGAUGCAAGCCGCCGGCGUCAGGCCCAACUCGGUCACAAUCUCUUGCGUCUUGCCGGCUUGCGCGAAUAUCGCCGCCUUGGGGCACGGCAGGUCCGUCCACGGCUUCUCUAUCCGGAACGGAAUGUCCGAGGGCGUGUACGUCGGCAGUUCUCUGGUGGACAUGUACGCCAAAUGCGGCAGAAUCGGGGACGCUCGCCGAGUGUUCGAAGCCGCCGCGCCCUCCUCGAGGAAUGUCGUCUCCUGGAACGCAAUGCUGGGAGGAUACGCAAUGCACGGGAAGGCGAGGGAGGCCGUAGAGUUGUUCGACUUAAUGCGGAUGAGGGCGCAGAAACCGGACUCGGUGACCUUCACGUGUCUCUUGGCCGCGUGCAGCCAAGCAGGGCUGCUGGAACAGGGCCUGCGCUACUUUGAGACCAUGUCUGAGGACCACGGGAUUGCGCCGAGGAUGGAGCAUUACGCCUGCGUGGUUAGCCUCCUCGGCCGCGCGGGGAAGUUGGAGCGGGCCUACGCCCUGACACAGAAGAUGUCACUGAAGCCGGAUGCAUGCGUGUGGGGGGCAUUGUUAGGCGCCUGUAAGCUCCAUGGGGACGUGGCGCUGGGCGAGAUCGCAGCGCGUAAGCUGUUCGAGUUGGAACCCGGUAAUGUUGGAAACUACGUUCUUCUUUCCAACAUUUAUGCAGCCAAAGGCAUGCGGGGUGGUGUAGACGGAGUAAGGGACAUGAUGAGGGCGAUGGGUUUGAAGAAGAACCCAGGCUACAGUUGGAUUGAGCUCAAGAGCAGGUUGCACACGCUUCUCGCCGGGGAUCAGUCGCAUCCUCAGAUGACCCAGAUUCUGGAGCGGCUGGAGAAGCUCAGCGUGGAAAUGAGGAAGCUGGGUCACCAACCCAGCACCGAUCUGGUCUUGCAAGAUGUGGAGGAGCAGGAUAAGGAGCAUAUCCUAUGUGGGCACAGCGAGAAGUUGGCCGUGGCGUUGGGCCUGCUGAGCACUCCACCUGGAACUCCCCUGCGAGUCAUCAAGAACCUCCGGAUAUGCAUCGACUGCCACUCCGUAGUCAAGUUCAUAUCGAGGUUCGAAAUGAGAGAAAUAUUCGUGAGGGACACUAACCGCUUUCACCAUUUCAAGGACGGUGAGUGUUCCUGCGGGGAUUACUGGUGA